GAAGAAACACUGUCCGUAUUUACCAGCCCAAAGUUGUCGCAACCGGAGGUGCCUCCCAAGCAGUUAUUCGGCAACUUCAUUCCACAGAGAAAGAUCCACUGGUGACCACCACCAGAGUUUUGGCGCUAGAUCCCUUCUGGAAACCUACAUCUGAGUCCAGUCAGUCUUAGGGUAACUCUUCAAGGAUACGCACGGAUUCCUCGCAGUGCAAAUUGAAUCCCCUCGCUUUUGUUGGCGAUAGACAAGUGGUGCAAAGUGGUAUUACAAAUCGGUUGGUCACUGUGACCUAGUCGUCUUUUGUGUGUGGUGUCGUUUGAAAGCCGAAAUCGUAUAGUGCUGCAAGAUGUCCAACAAGGUGCUAUUAUCCGAAGACUCUGUCUACCAGCAGAUCCAGCAAUAUUAUAAGGAGCAUGGUGCUUCGAUUAACAUUAAGAAGAUUUUCCAAGAGGACGAUAUUCGUUUCGAUAAGUUCAGCCUAAAACUGAACACGCCUAAGGAUGGGGAAAUUUUGCUGGAUUACUCCAAGAACCGUAUCACCGACGAGGCCUGGAACAUGCUGCUGGAGCUGGCCGAAUCGCGAGAUGUGGUCAAAACCCGUAACGAUAUGUUCAACGGCGAACGUAUCAAUAUCACCGAGAACCGAGCGGUGCUGCAUAUUGCGCUGAGAAAUCGUUCAAAUAAACCGAUCAUGGUUGAUGGUAAGGAUGUAAUGCCUGAAGUCAAUGGCGUUCUGGAGCACAUGAAGGAGUUUACCGAACAGGUUCUGAAUGGAGUAUGGCGCGGCUAUACCAAUAAGAAAAUCAGCGAUGUGGUCAACAUCGGUAUCGGUGGUUCGGAUUUGGGUCCACUGAUGGUCUCGGAGGCUCUGAAGGCCUACAACACCGGUAUUCGUUCUCAUUUCGUAUCCAACGUCGAUGGUACUCAUAUUGCGGAAACCUUGAAGAAGCUGGACCCAGAAACGACUCUGUUCAUUAUUGCUUCUAAGACGUUUACCACUCAGGAAACCAUCACCAAUGCCACUGCCGCCAAGCGGUGGUUCUUGGAGCGCUGCGGUGAGCAGGAGCAUGUGGCCAAACACUUUGUCGCCCUGUCCACCAAUAAGGAGAAGGUCGCUGCCUUCGGCAUCAACACCAAGAACAUGUUCGAAUUCUGGGACUGGGUUGGUGGACGUUACUCGCUCUGGUCCGCCAUCGGACUGUCCAUUUCGCUGGCCAUCGGAUUCGACAACUUCGAAAAGCUGCUGGACGGUGCCCACUACAUGGACAACCAUUUCCUGAAUGCUCCUUUGAAUGAAAAUGCUCCGGUCAUUUUGGCCCUGAUGGGCAUUUGGUACUCGAAUUUCUACGGAGCGGAGACACACGCCCUACUGCCCUACGAUCAGUAUUUGCACCGCUUUGCCGCCUACUUCCAGCAGGGCGAUAUGGAAAGUAACGGCAAGGGUGUGACCAAGGCCGGAAAGCGAGUGAACUUCAACACUGGUCCAAUCGUGUGGGGAGAACCCGGCACCAACGGACAGCAUGCGUUCUACCAGCUGAUUCAUCAGGGCACCCGUCUGAUUCCGUGUGACUUCAUCGCACCGGUCUUCACCCACAACCCGGUGGAGAAUGGUGGCAUGCAUAAGAUUCUGCUGGCCAACUAUCUCGCCCAGACGGAAGCGUUGAUGAUGGGCAAAACCGAAGAGCAGGCCCGUGCCGAGUUGGAAAGUGCUGGCAUGUCCGGCGAAAAGCUAGAACAGCUACUGCCGCACAAGGUCUUCACCGGAAACCGCCCGACCAAUUCGAUCCUAGUGAAAAAGAUCACGCCAUUCGUGCUGGGAGCGCUGAUUGCCAUGUACGAACACAAGAUCUUCACCCAGGGUGUCAUCUGGGACGUGAACUCGUUCGACCAGUGGGGCGUCGAGCUGGGCAAACAACUGGCCAAGGCCAUCGAAGUCGAUCUGAAUGAUUCGAACAAGACUACCUCGCACGAUUCGUCCACCAACGGAUUGAUCAACUUCAUCAAGGUCCACUGGGAACAGGAUGGAAUCUAAGCAUGUUAUCUCAAACGAAGUAAGAAAAAGUACACAUAUUAUGGUUAAUGUUAUCGAAUAUAUAAAUAAAACUUAAAUUAUUCUUGGACGUACGUUCGUUUAAAUAUAGUUGAUUGAAAUUACUAAACGUAGCACAGCAUUGCAACUCUAAUUGGCGGAAACUUAAAAACAGAUGCUUUCUAUAAUAAAGAUGAAACAAACAUGUUUGAAAAAAAA